AUGUCCUCCGUCAAAGUGGCCGUUCGUGUGCGGCCGUUUAACAAGCGGGAGUACAGCUACCAGUGCAAGAGCAUCAUCUCCAUGUCUGGACAGAAAACGACCAUCGUCAACCCGAAAGUGGAGAAUGCCGCCAAGUCCUUCACCUUUGACUACUCCUACUGGUCGCACUCUCCGAGUGAUCCCAACUUCGCCGACCAGUCCCGAGUCUACCUGGACAUUGGCGAGGAGAUGCUGACGCACGCAUUUGAAGGCUACAACGUGUGCAUCUUUGCGUACGGCCAAACGGGUGCCGGCAAGUCGUACACGAUGAUGGGCAAAAGCCCGGACGAUGAGGGCAUCAUUCCGCACCUUUGUCGGGACCUCUUCGACCGGAUUGGCUCCGAUGAGGACGAGGACAUGCUGUACUCGGUGGAGGUCAGCUACAUGGAGAUAUACUGCGAACGGGUGCGUGACCUGCUCAAUCCAAAGGUGAAGGGCCCGCUGAGAGUGCGUGAGCACCCGGUGCUGGGGCCGUACGUGGAGGACCUCAGUAAACUGGCAGUGACCAGCUAUGAGGACAUUCAGGAGAUUAUCGACGAGGGCAAUAAGGCGAGAACUGUGGCUGCAACGAACAUGAAUGAGACCAGCAGUCGGUCUCAUGCAGUCUUCACAAUCAUACUGACGCAACUGAAGCAGGACAACAUGACCGGCAUGAGCGGAGAGAAGGUCAGCAAGAUAUCACUGGUCGACUUGGCUGGCUCAGAGCGGGCAGACUCCACGGGAGCGCAGGGCACUCGGCUGAAGGAGGGCGCCAAUAUUAACAAGUCGCUGACGACGCUGGGAAAGGUCAUCUCGGCUCUGGCAGAGUUGUCAAGCGGCGCUAAAAAGAAGAAAGGAGGCGAGCACAUUCCGUACAGAGACUCUGUUUUGACGUGGCUGCUGCGCGAGAACCUCGGCGGAAACUCCAAAACGGCGAUGAUUGCGGCGCUCAGUCCGGCGGACAUCAACUACGACGAGACGCUGAGCACGCUGCGAUACGCAGACAGAGCAAAACAGAUUAUGUGCACUGCCGUCAUCAAUGAGGACGCGAAUGCAAAGUUGAUCAGAGAGCUGAGAGACGAGAUUGCCCGACUGAGGGAGAUUCUCAGGGCGGAAGGCAUCGCGGAGAUGGAAGGUGCAAUGGCUGACGGGACGGCGGAGAAGCAUCCCAAGCUGACCCGGGGCUCGGUUUCUCUGGUGGGCGAGAACGCCAUUGAGCAGCUGCAGGAGACGGAAAAGUUGAUGUCAGAGCUGAAUGUGACCUGGGAGGAGAAACUCAAGCGAACAGAGGAGAUUCGUGCUGAACGAGAAGCAGUGCUGGCAGAGAUGGGCGUCGCACGGCGGGCAGACGGCGAUGCAGUGGGCGUCUUCUCGCCCUCUGACACGCCACACCUGCUAAACCUCAAUGAGGACCCGCUUAUGUCGGAGUGUCUGCUGUACUACCUGAAGGACGGCCUGACCAAGGUCGGAUCGGGGGCGACCAGUUCGGAUGCAUCGGGCAACAGCAGUGGGGAACAGGGCUACACGAAUCCAGACAUUCGACUCUCAGGAACGAACAUUCUUUUGGAGCACUGCAUUUUUGAGAAUCAAGCCGGAACGGUCCAUCUGGUGCCCGCCUCCGAAGAGGCUUUGUGCUACGUCAAUGGUCGGCGGGUCACUGAGAGAAUGGAGCUAAAGACGGGAGCCAGAGUGAUUCUGGGCAAGUACCACGUCUUUCGAUUUCAACACCCCGCUCAGGUUAGAAGUCGAUCGGAAGCAGCUGGUGCUGGUGGUGGUCAGCAAAAUCAGCCCGUAGAUUGGACCUUUGCGCAAAUGGAGCUACUGGAGAAGCAGGGCAUCGACUUGAAGCUGGAGAUGGAGCAAAAGCUAAUUAGCCUGGAGGAGCAGUACCGUCGCGAAAAGGCAGAGGCUGAUCUGAUCUUCGAGGAUGCCAAGAAGAACUACGAAGAGCAGAUUGAGCGACUUCAAAAGCAGGUGAACGAACAGUCGAUGACCAUGUCGGCGAUGUUCAGCACAAUGAGCCACCGAAACUCUGAAGGCAGUGUCGGCGGUGGCAGCAGUGACGAGAGUGAAGAGGACUGGCGACAGGCCAUGAAGAAGCAUCGAGGACUGAGGAUGGAUCCCAAUUGGAAUGUCGGACCACCGCUGACUCGUUGGCAGGAGCGUGUCGUGCGGAAGUCGUUCCAGAAGUGGCGCUGGCACCAGUUCACCAGUCUGCGUGACGAUCUUUGGGGCAAUGCCAUCUUCCUGAAGGAGGCGAACGCCAUGUCGGUGGAACUGCGAAAGCGCGUUCAGUUUCAGUUUGUCAUUCUCACAGAGACAAUCUACAGUCCGCUCAGUGGAGAGCUGCUGGCAGACUACCAGGAAAUGGUCAACUCGGCCACCCACUCAACAAGUAGUCCAUUUGCAAAGACGAUCGUUGCCGUGGAGGUGAAGGACCAGAAGAACGGCGCCACUCACUACUGGUCGCUGACAAAGUUGCGAAAACGACUGGAGCUGAUGCGCAAGGUGUAUGCAAAGUUUGCGGAGGACGCCGCCAAAGAUCCGGUAGCGGCCUUGCAGUUCAAUGGCGAGAGCGAGUACAGCGAUCCUUUUACCGACCGCUUUCCCUGGUUUCGACUGAUCGGCCGGGGACUAGUCUUUCUGGGGAACCUGCUGGUGCCCUGUCCGGUGACGCAAUGCAUUUGCAUUGUCAAUGAGAAGGGCGACGUCAUGGGCUACUUGCGAGUGGCCGUAGAGCCAGUCGGCGACACGGACGAGGAAACAGAGGUGGAGCGCGGCUCUAGUUCCAGCAAAGGCAGCAUAACUCGAAGCUCCACCAUGCGUCAGCUGGCUCGAAUUGACUUCUGCGACGAUGACCCACAGCUGAAGGCAAUCCUCGAGCGACAGAAGCGACUGAAGGAAGCAGAAGAACUGGUGCCCAGAGAAGACAACAGUGAUGAAGUUCCGCGUCUUGAGUCAGGCAAUGCUGAAGGUGUCACCGAAGGAGAGGAGGAAGAAGAAACACCCCCGGCCACCGAGUGCCGCCCACCUGCCCACCUGCAAGACGACGCAGAGUUCAUCUUCCGAGUGUCCAUUCUCCAGCUGACUGGCCUCAGCAAGGACUACGCCGACGUCUUUGCGCAGUUCAACUUUCGCCACCGACACGACGAGGCCUUCAGCACUGAGUCAAUCAAGAACUGCAGUCGCAGUCGAGUGCCCUCUGGCUUUUACCGUGAUCAGAACAUUGUGGUAAAGGUGACCCAGAGUUUUCGCGAGUACCUCGCCACACAGCCGCUGGUUUUUGAGUUGUACGGCCACUAUCAACAGCACCCGCUGCACAGAGAGGCCGCACAACGUCCGCCGCCGAAACGAAUGCAGCUUACCUUUUACCUGCCCAUUUCGACGCCCAUUCGGUCUCCCCGCUUCACGCCUGGUCUCGUCAAUGAGUGGCAAAUCAUGGCCAGUCGGGUCACCUCCGCCUCCACCUCGCUGGUGCACUCCAAAGUGGACCUCACCGUGUGGAUUGAAGUGUGCGAGCUGGCCCCUGAUGGGCAGUACCUGCCCGUGGUGGUCGACCACUACGAUGACACGCCCUGCAAGGGCACCUUUCUGCUGCACCAGGGCAUACAGCGACGAAUCCGGGUGACCAUCAUGCACCACCCUGACUACGACGUUCCCUUCAGAGACCUGCGGGAGCUGGUGGUGGGCAGAGUGAGGACGGUGGCGGACAGCAGCGACUUUGACGACGAGACGGACGCAUCGGUGCUCAGUCUGACGCUCUUCUUCAGUGAGGUGCUGGAGCCGCUGCCUGACGGGCGACUGGUCUUUCGAUUCGAAGCCGCCUGGGACUCCUCACUGCACAACUCAGUGCUGCUCAAUCGAGUGACGCCCUCGGGAGAGCGCGUCUACCUCACCAUGUCUGCGUACCUGGACCUGGAGCGAUGCAGCCAACCGGCCAUUCUCACGAAAGACCUCUGUGUGAUCAUCUACGGUCGCGACUCACGCACACUGCCGCUGCUGUCGCACGCCGGUCUGAGCACUCGUGUGCUGAAGCACCUGCUCACCGGCAGCUACCGAAACGCCGAGUCGAAUCAUGUGAUGGCCAUCUUUGAGCUGGUACUGCGACGCUCACUGGAGGCGGGCAGUCCGGGAGUGGCGAGGCGGCAGCGACGAGUGCUCGACACCUCCACCAUGUACGUCCGCGGACAGGAGAACCUGGGCGGGUGGCAGCCUCGGGGUGACUCGCUCAUCUUCGACCACCAGUGGGAGCUGGAGAAGCUGACCAGACUGGAGAUGGUCGAACGGACACGACAUCGACUGCUCACCAGUGUGGCGGAGGAUGACGAUGAAGUGGACGCUUUCUACGAUCUGCCAGCGGCAAAUCACUUUCAGGCUGGUUCGAGUGGCAUGAAAACGUCGUCUAGCCGAUUAAGUCUGGUAGCGAUAGCCAAUGCAAACUCCUCCACUUCAAACUCCUCUUCGGGAUCUAAUCAAACUGAAGUGGACGCCGCUGAAGUGCCGACCAUGUCGAUGCCUCGUUCGCUGACCUUCAGCUCGGGCAUCGAGUCACUGGAGCGAGCAGUGGUCGAGGAGUUUGCCAGUGACCGGGACCGGGAGCUGGUCGCCAGGUGUGUCCGCCUGAUACAAUUCCACGUGCCCAGCGGACCACCGCCCACCUUCCCGGGCUCAAAUCUGCUAAAGCCGACGGCCUCAGGAAUGGGCGGCUCUUCGAGCAACCUCCUGACGCCCACCUCAGGGGCCUCCACGCCUGAUCUGUCUAGUCCGGAAAAG